AUGGUCCGAAGUGGGGGCUCGUUCGGGGAUAUCGAGUCGGGAGCUGGCGGGGCCAUGAGGUCCACAGCGUAUGCGUCGGAGCAGAGCAACGAGGAAGCGUUGAGUCAACUGGAGGAGAGGGCUAGACUAAUCAAGGAGUUAACUAAAGACAUUCAUGGCGAAGUUCAAUCACAAAAUCGGUUCCUGGAUGGCAUGGGACUGGAAAUGGACUCUGCUAGAAGGAUGCUUGCUGGGACAGUGGAUCGUUUCACAAAAGUGUUCAGUUCUAAGCAGAAUCGGGGCUUGGCAGCCGUGCACGACUCUCAUGGGAACCGGCUGGACGAAACCGGCAGGGUCACAGCCAAGGUGACGUCACCGUACGGGCAUCAGCUGCACUGGCAGGACAGCGUGGAAGAAGGGCAUUUCGGAUUCACAACCAAGGAGACGGGCCAGUACAUGGCCUGCUUUUGGCUACCCGUAGACCAUCCGCAAGAGAUCCACAGCGUCAUGGUUGAGCUUGAAUGGAAGAUUGGUGUAGCAGCUAAGGACUGGGGCAAAAUCGCCAAGAAGGAUAAACUUGAUGGCAUCGCCCUGGAGCUCCGCAAAUUGGAUGAGGCAGUGAGGUCCAUUCGGGGGGAAAUGGCAUACUUUCGCAAGAGAGAAUCGGACAUGCGUGAUUUGAAUGAGGUGACCAACUCAAGGGUGGCUUGGCUGAGCAUCGUGUCGCUGCUGGUGUGUGUGAGCCUGGCUGCCCUGCAGCUCUGGCACCUCAAGGCCUUCUUUGAGCGCAAGAAGCUGUUAACUCCCCGCAUUUUCAGUCGGAACGCGGUUUGGCAUUAUGUCGGAGGCGAAGCGGGUGCGCUUGGGGUUCGUGG